AUGGCUUUGGACAAACCAUUGUAUAUUCUGGCCCUUGUGUCGCUUUUCCUUGCAGAUCUGCAGCUAUUAGAAAAAAUAAAUAAACUGUUUUGUCUCUUUCCAGAUGCUGGUGCUCAGCCUCAUGUGUGCGGCAUCGCCCGUCAAAACCACAAAAUAGUUGGAGGUGAAGAUGCUUCACCCAAAAGUUGGCCUUGGCAGGUUGAUCUGCAGCGCUCAGGCACACACUGGUGUGGGGGGUCCCUCAUCAGCAAAAAGUGGGUACUGACUGCCGCUCACUGCGUCACUGGAACAGAACCAUUCAUAUGGGAGGUUUUUCUUGGGCGACAGAAGCUGACGGAUGGAAACACAAAAAAUGAAGUUUCCAGAAAGAUCGGAAAAAUCGUUGUACACCCCAGAUUUAAUUCUAUAACCUUUGAUAAUGACAUUGCGCUGCUCAGACUCUCCUCAUCAGUGAAGUUUACAGACUACAUCAGACCAGUGUGCUUGGCAGAGAGAGGCAGCACGUUCAGCAAUGGCACCACCAGCUGGGUCACCGGCUGGGGAAAUGUAGCAGAGGGAGUGCCUCUACCUUAUCCUAAAACCCUUCAGGAGGUGAAAGUACCAGUUAUAGGAAACAGACAAUGCAACUGUUUGCUUGGAAAAGGAAGUGUAACAGACAACAUGAUCUGUGCUGGAGUUCUUCCAGGAGGCAGUGAUUCUUGUCAGGGUGACUCAGGAGGUCCGAUGGUGAGUAAGCAACGCUCUCGCUGGAUCCAGUCCGGAGUUGUUAGCUUUGGGGAUGGUUGCGCUCGACCAAGUCUGCCUGGGGUUUACACCAGAGUGUCCCGUUACCAGUCCUGGAUAAACUCCAACAUCAGAUUUAAUAAACCGGGUUUUAUGCCGUUUGCCUCCAGCGGAGUGGAUCCUGACAAAACCUUCAACUGUUGGUGACUGGCAACUUUACCAAAGUAACAAGACCUUCAACCUUCAGGCGCAGCAAACACUUUUCUAA